UUCUCCAGCAGCCAAAGGGGUUUUGCUGUUCCUCGUUGCUGAGCAGUGACCCAGGAGGACUGGAGGAGGGGCUACUGGGAUUUUUGCUACUCCCCUCCAUUGAUGGCUUCUCUUCUUCUCCCUCCGCAGUUCACUUGCUCCCUGCGGCCUUAUCAUCGAAUCAGGGGUCAAUUGGUACAUUACAAGACAAACAUUUUGGGGAAGGACGUGACUAAGUCUACAGUGAAGUUCCUUAACCUCACUGCUAAUUUUGCAUCAAGGACUUCCCAAGAUGCUGUGGAUGGUUUAAGCGAUGAAAGUGAUGGCGAAAGCUCAACUAAUAAGAAGAGAGCCCCAAGACGUGGAAGGAAGAAAGCCACCACUGAAAUAUCGGGAGGCGAAGGAGAAGGAAACCAAAUCAUCACUGAAGAAACGGCUGCUGGAGAGACCAAGGAAGUUAAGAGGAGAGGCCGCAAGAAAGCUGCUGUUGCUGCAAGCUCAGAGGAGGAGAAGGAUAAGGCCAAGGAACCGAAGAAAAGGGGAAGGAGAAAAGUUAAGACUGUAGAGGAAUCUAGUGAUGAUGAUGGAGAGCAUCGGAGCAAAGAUUUGAUGCUCUAUAAUGAAGGAGAAGAUCAGACUCAGCUACUGAAUUCUGCCAAUGUUCUGGAAAGUAAAAUAGAGUUAGUGCUACACGAGGAUAUUGGAGAAGUAGACGAUUUAAUUCCGCUAGUCUGCUGCUUUGGACCUGCGAAAUACUCCUUUAUUCCUUCUGGAAGACCAGCCAAUAGGUUGAUAGAUCAUGAGAUUCAUGAUAGAAUGAAGGACAUGUUUUGGUCUCCAGAUAAAUUUGUGAGGGCGCCAGGAGGGUCUUCACCCAAUGUUGCUCUAGCUUUAGCCGCGAUUGGUGGAAGGGUUGCAUUCAUGGGAAAAUUAGGUGAUGAUGAUUACGGUCAAAGUUUGCUGUAUCACUUAAACAUCAAUGGAGUUCAAACUCGAGCAGUUUGCAUGGACCCUUCAGCGCCGACUGCUGUGUCCUUGAUGAAGGUCAGAACCGAAGGAAGUCUGAAGACAAACUGUGUUAAACCUUGCGCUGAGGAUUGUUUCCUGCAGUCUGAUAUCAACCCGGCAGUUCUAAAAGAGGCUAAGAUGUUUUACUAUAAUUCUUCUGCUUUGCUUGAGCCCACUACAGAGUCAUCAUUGUUGAAAGCUAUUGAUGUUUCGAAGAAAUUUGGUGGUACAAUAUUCUUUGAUCUUAAUCUUCCACUUCCACUAUGGUCAUCCAGUAAGGAAACCAAGUUGCUCAUUAAGGAGGCAUGGGAAGCUGCCGAUAUUAUUGAAGUCACAAAACAAGAACUUGAGUUCCUCUGCGGCAUUAAACCAUCUGAGAAAUUUGACACAAAUGAUAAUGAUAAGUCCAAAUUCACACACUAUAGUCCAGAAGUUAUUAUGAAAUUGUGGCACAAUAAUCUCAAGGUCCUCUUUGUGACAAAUGGUACCUCCAAGAUUCACUAUUACACAGAAAAGCACAAUGGUUGGGUCCGUGGUACAGAAGAUGCACCGAUCACUCCUUUCACCAGUGAUAUGUCACAAUCUGGUGAUGCCAUUGUUGCAGCCCUCAUGAGGAUGCUGAUAAUUAACCCUCACCUGGUCACGGACAAGGUUUACUUGCACAAGGCAGUCAAACAUGCUAUUAAAUGUGGUGUCAUCGAUCAGUGGAUGCUUGCACGAGAGCGGGGCUUCCUUCCCAAAGAAAGAGCAGAUCCAACCAGUGAGCAGUAUGAAGUGAGGUCCAUCACAGAGAAGGAAUACCGCACACUUCCUGAUGCCAUGCAGUCAGAAAACUCGUCAACCAGUGAACUUGCAUACGUGGAGUGAAAGGAUGGGCCAUCAGUGUCUAGAUACUGGAUUCCUCUAUUUAUUUAUGGAAACUGGCUUGUCGCUGCAGUUGGCUGAAGUUGGUAUUCAGAAGAAUUAGCUUAAAUAUGCAGAUUUUAGGUUGGUCGAGUAUAGGUUGAUAACCCCUAAUGUAAGACUAACAUAUUGAUAGCAUCAAAUUUUUUACCGAGACAAUGCAAAUGUGACUGAUGCCAGGAAAUUUGCCUAGAAUGCAACCUUUGUUCAUUCUUGAUUUCUCUGCGACCCAUGUUCUCUUAGAUCGCCACCUUAUGCCAGUGGCACCACUGCUAAUUGUGGAAUGGAGCUCCUUCGAUCCUAUCAGUAAAAGAGAUUUUUUAUUAACACUGAAUGACAUAUUUGUUGUGGUCCAAAUUGAGUCUGCUGUUGGCUGUUCUAUGCCUAUUACAACAAGGCACAGACACCAAGGAUAGAUUUUAAAAAAACUCGACCUACCAAGGAUAGAUUCUGUUGUUUCUUCGUGCAUCACUGAAUAGUGGACAUGGAUCAUUGGGACAGAAAAAGAGGAACAGAGAACAAUGUUCAUUGCAAGAAAAAAAAA